AUGGAGGACACGCUACGGAUCAUUAAAGUGGAGGAGGACCUUGACAAUUGUCUGCUGAGUGAUGACGGGAGAGUUGUGUUUUCUUCGGGUGCUUUGGAUUGCAAGGUUGAGACCGACUCAAUCGGUUGGUCAUCAUCAUUUGCCUCCUCUAAUGGGACAUUCUCGACAACAGAAGCAAAGGUCUUCAAAGAAGAGAACUGUGAAUCGUUACUUUUCCCAAUGCCUAUCAAAUGCGACAUAGAUGAGACAACAGUGAAGGCUGAAGACUACCUGGAAGAAAAUGGUGAUGAUGGUGCUCUGAAAAGUGGAGCUGACCCCCUUUGCACAGAGCAGACCUCCUCAUCUGCAGGCAUCAAAGCUGAACAGCAGCAGGUUCGAGAUAGAUCAGCCGUGGCUCCUGUCCCGAGCUCUGAGAUGAAUCAUCCUCAUCCAGAUCUAGUGUCACGGUACCAGCUGAAGAGGUUAUCAAUACGACUGGUAGACUGCUGUACAAGACUUCGUCAAGAAGGAACGAAUGGCAAGAAAAACAAAGAUGAGGAGCCUGAACCUGGUCAGUACGUCAAUACCAGAAGCAGUCUGACAGCACACCAGCUCAUCCACAGAGGAGAGAGGCCCCAUGUCUGCCAACACUGUGGCAAAAGCUUUUCACUGCCAGGAAAGCUCAAACGACACCAACGCAUUCACACGGGAGAGAGGCCUUAUGCCUGCGAGAUUUGUGGUAAACAUUUUUCACAGUCAGGGAAUCUCAUAGCACACCAGCUCAUCCACAGAGGGGAGAGACCCUAUGUCUGUCAACAAUGUGGCAAAAGCUUUUCACUGGCAGGAAGGCUCAUACGACACCAACGCAUUCACACAGGAGAGAAGCCCUAUGCCUGCCAGCAUUGUGACAAAAGUUUUUUAGAAGCAUCAAACCUCAAAGUACACAACCGCAUUCACACUGGAGAGAGGCCCUAUGUCUGCCAGCAUUGUGAUAAAAGUUUUUCAGUGGCGGGAAAUCUCAAAACACACCAAGGCAUUCACACAGGAGAGAAGUCCUAUGUCUGCCACCAGUGUAGUAAACUGUUUUCACGGGCACACCAUCUCAGACGACACCAACUCAUUCACACGGGAGAGACGCCCUAUGUCUGCCAGCACUGUGGCAAAAGUUUUUCAGACGCAAGACAUCUCAAAGUGCACAACCACAUUCACACAGGAGAGAGGCCCUAUGUCUGCCAACAUUGUGGCAAAAGUUUUUCAGAAGCAACAAAGCUCACAGUGCACAGCCACAUGCACACGGUACAGAGGCCCUAUGCCUGUCAGCAUUGUGAUAAAAGUUUUUCACGGGCAGGGACUCUCAAACGACACCAACGCAUUCACACAGGAGAGAAGUCCCAUGUUUGCCAGCGUUGUGGUAAAUGUUUUACACGGGCAGAAAAUCUCAAAUCACACCAGCUCAUCCACACGGGACAAAGGCCCUAUGCAUGCCAGUAGAGUAGAGGAGAGUAGAGUAACUUUAUUGAUCCCCGAGGGGAAAUUCAGGUGUCAAGCUUAUGUUAUGUAACUUACAUAAAUACACAUAAUGCCCACAUGAUGUGAGGUAGUCAGUGAUCCAGGUUACCAGGCCAGGCUCCACUCCCAGUAUUGUGGCAAAAGUUUUUCACUGCUAGGGCAUUUCAGACGACACCAACGCAUUCACACAGGAGAGAGGCCCUAUGUCUGACACCAGCGCAUUCACACAGCAGAGAGGCCAUAUGUCUGACAGAAUUGUGGUAAAUGUUUUUCACUGGCGGUGACUCUCCAAUAUCACCAACGCAUUCACACGAGAGAGAGGCCCUAUGUCUGCCGCCAGUGUGGUGAGCGGUUUUCACGGGCAGGGGUGCUCAAAAAACACCCCAUGUCUGUGAGAAUUGUGGUAAGCGUUUUUCACGGGCAGGAUAUCUCAAACGGCACCAAAGCACUCACACAAGAGACAAGCCUUAGGGACUGUUCUCAUUUUUCCGGCGAUUGCGUUGACGCGAACACGUUCAAUUCAUUUUAAAUGGGACGUCCCCGCAAAGGCUCCUGGAAUCACGACACGGCGACUUUGACAGUUGACACACGUCAAAAAGUAGAGCUGCCUUGAAGUUUGCCAAGUGCUCAC